AUGGUUUGGCUGGACUCGGACCAGAAUGCGUAUAAGCGCCUGGUCAUCCCUCUGGCGGAGAAGGAUACUGUCCUCCGUCUUGCAGUCUUUGCUAUCUCCGCGGCCCAUAUGCCUGACGAAGACAGCCUUGUACCCGGAUUCUCCAAGGCCACAGGCGAAGCGGCCAUUCUCAUGAUCACCCAGCGGGUACGCCAGGUGAUCCAACGCGACCCGGUCGAUACGGAAACAGAUGCCAGAGGUGGACUCGCGGCUGAGAUCCUAGCGGCCAUACUCAUUCUCUCAAAUCAGUGUCUGUUACAAUCAGCGUCAGCUCAUGCCCAAUUUCACAGACGGGCGGCUCGGGUCCUCAUAAGCUCAUUAGAGUUGAAACAGCCUUCUGGGGACGAGCUCACUUUCUUCCUCAAAAAUCAAAUGGCCAUUUAUGACGUCCUGGCAUGUACAACGUCAUUCGACCACGACCAUAUUCAGCACGCCAUCGUUCCCAGUAUCGAGCGACAAGAUGUUCUUUUUAGGGACUUCCUCCACCUCAUACACCGCAUCACGCUCAUGUCCCUCGACAAGAGCAAGCCAGCGAGCUCGCCUGAAAAUCUUGAAGAGGAAUUCGAACUGUCAAGUGGUUCGACAUUAGUGGCUUCGGGACCCCUCGCUCAGAGGCUGAGCAGGUCAGCUAGACAAGACUUCAUAAGACUCGUUCUAGCAUAUCAGUAUGCGGGGAUGCUUUUCGCGUGCAAGCGCCUUAGCAUAUUUCCCGACAGCGGACAAGUCGUGGACGUGUACACGAACAAACUUUUCAGAGUACUUGACCAGUUUGAAGACAUAAGCGCCUCAUUGCACAAUCUGGCAUGGCCCCUCCUCAUUGCGGGAAUUUGUUGCUGCGGAGACGAACAGCGUAUGGCCAUCAUCAGUAACUUCUGUCAGAAGCUGUCUGCAAACACGCGGUUCGAGCACUACGCCCAACUUCUGGCCUUUCUGCAAGAGCUCUGGCAGAGCGGGCAUUCUGACUGGACCUUGCUAGCCCGCGAAUGGGAGCGGGAGGGCACGCCAGUGAUAGCGGUCUGA